CAACAUCGUCCCCAUUGUUAUGGGAGCCCGUCGAGAAGACUAUGCCAGAUCUGCUCCACCCCAUUCCUACAUUCAUGUCGAUGAUUUCGCAACCCCCAGAGAUUUGGCUCAAUACCUUCAUCUCCUGGACAAGAACCACACCCUCUACAACGAAUAUUUCCGAUGGAAAGGUACUGGAGAAUUCGUCAAUACCUAUUUCUGGUGCCGCAUGUGUGCCAUGCUGCACGCACCCCAGUAUCACAAGUCUUACCCGGACAUGCACCACUGGUGGGCAGGUCCUGGCACAUGCAGUGCCGGACACUGGCCAAAUCACGUGACAAAACGCCCUGCAACGCAAACUACGGGUGAAGUUAAGGACGACAAUGGCUAAGCUGACUAAACUACGUUAUUAAUAGUAGUCAAGAACUUAAAUGGACUCAGCACAUAGUUUGUGCAAUGUUGAUGACACUGCAAGCCAUGUUUGGAGACGAUAAUGUUUAGCCUUUUGUAUAUUUUCUUCGUUCUCGAAUGAUUUGUUUAGUAAACAUAAUUUUGGAUACCGGUUUUACGACAGACUUGCAUUUUCGUUUCGGAAAAUCGCAUUCUCUGACAGAUUAAGAAAUGCGAAAAUGUCCUGUGCUUUCCCACUCACAUUUCUUUCGUACAUUCCACUUCACUGCGUACAAAGAAUUUUUUUUUCUGGAUUCCUAUAGAGAUAUUUGUACAGCACAUUUUUGGGUUUUGUGAACAUUUUUAUCCGAUUCUCUAUUGUACCAAACCAAUGAAUUUCACGUAAGGGCGUGAUUAAGGUUCGCAGUAAUUAAUAAUGCUUAGAAAUGACCAACCAGCUAAACGUCUAAAUCUAAGCGUCUGUUCUAAUUGAAAAUAAUGCAUCGGAUAAGAAAGGCAGCUUUUACGUGUAUUAUACUAGUUCGCUAUUUGAAGAUAAUUAAAGGUAAAAGAUGAGAUCGCUCUUGGUAUACCUUAUGCUAUAACAUGCUUACGUCAAAAGCUAUUAUUUUUAGUGCUUAGCAUUGACGAAUACAAAACUAUACGAAGAUUUUUCUUCUUUAUUUAUCUGUGUUCUGUUCCCUAAUUUUGCAAAAUAAUUUUCGUACAAUAGUUUUAACUCAUAAAU